GUGCAUUCAGCGCGCGGAAAGGCUGAGGAACAAAAGCUUUGGCGGGCUUUUGCUGAACACUGCAGUCUCCAUCAUCAUCCUCAUCACCGCCAUCUCUGCACGUCCUUGUUGCUAACAACGUAUCAUGGAGAGUUCUUACUCGCUAUGGUUGUUGCCUAGACAUGAGGGCCAUAAUCCGACCUCGCUAGAUCCAAAUGACCCAGGAAACACAAAGGCCGACCCCUGGGCCGGUCAGGCCAAGUAUGCUCGUGCAAUGGCCUACACCUGCUUUGCCUUGAUAGCCUUGGCUGCCCUUCACGCUCUCGCUCGCCGUUUCUUGUCCCUUCCAAGAUCGUUUCUCGCCUUGUCGCGCUAUUUCGCAUACAAGCCAAUCUUGCCAAGCCGUCAGCAGCGGAGGGCCUCGAGAAGAGAAACGUUUCUCAGACGGGCAAUUGAUGUCCGGCUGCCGGUUCUCGGCGUCUUCAUCUUUCUUACGGCAUUCAUGGCGGGCUUCACUAUCUGGGCGUUCAUCAUCAAGCCCUAUUACCGCACCGACUCGACGUAUGGAAGUCCACCUCUAGCACUGCGGAGUGGAAUGAUGGCUCUCGGUCUUAUUCCUUUUGUCUUUGCGCUUGGAAGCAAGGUCAACUUCAUCGCCAUGCUCACUGGCUCCAGCCACGAGCGCUUGCAAGUCUUUCACCAGUGGGCUUCUCGAUUCGUGCUCUUUCUGGCCACAGUGCACACCAUCCCCUUCAUGUACCAGCCUCUGCAUGAGGGUGGUGUAGCUGGACUUAAGGAGUACUACUUUGCCGAGUCGAUCAACAUCACGGGCACCGUCGCCUUUGCUAUGCUCUUCUUUCUCGUAUUCUCGAGCUUUCGCAGCCUGCGUAACUGGAGCUACACCCUUUGGGUCACGGUCCACGUCAUCGUCGCCCUCGUCUUUCUCGCAUUCAUGUUCAUCCACUGUCAGAUGGAACUGACGAGCUGGCGUUAUCUCUGGGGCGCCGCAGCCCUUUACGGCCUCUCAGCUUUCUUGCGCAUCAUUCGCUCCCUCAACAAUUCGCCCACCUUUCUCGUUUGCCACGCGCAGCUCGAGGCGGUGCCCGGUGGCAUCACUAGAAUUCGUCUCGACACGACCGCCGCGUGGUCGCCUGGCCAGCACGUCUUCCUGCGCUUCCCCACCAUUCGACCGCUGUCCAACCACCCUUUCACCAUCGUCAGCUUGGCCAGCCCAAAUGGCACAACGCCCAGCACGAUGGUGCUCAUGGCCAGGCAGAGAUCUGGCUUGACAGCCACGCUCUAUCAGCGAGCUCUUGACUGUGGGCUCACAGAAGGAAAGGAACCAGGCGAUGAGGAAGAGACAAUGGGCCUGCGCUCGGAGCACUCGACCAUCACGGUUCCCGUCGUCGUCGACGGACCCUACGGCGUCAGCGCUAGCGCGGCCGAUUUUGACGAGGUCCUCAUGGUUGCUGGCGGCAGUGGCAUCACCUUUGUCGUGGCCUCUCUCUUGGACUUUGCGUGGCAGUGGCACCGCACCAGGACGGAAAGAGGUCAGAAGAAGUUGAGUGUCUUUUGGUCGGUCAAGGAUGAAGAAUGCAUCGAGUGGGUUAAGGACCAGUUUGAAGCUGCCCAGGCCAUCAUACCACCGCAGUCACUCCAGCUUACGAUUCAUAUAAGCCGGAGCGGGACAGAAGCGUCGCCCAUUGGACCUCAAGGGGAAGAAGAUGGCGAAGUGGACAAGACGUUUUCAUUGGCAGAGCCACGCCCACAGCAGGCUCACGAAGGAUGUGACGGAGAUGGCCUCAUAGUGGAGCGAAGUAACCGUCGAGCAAACGUCGCCUUCGAGGUUCAAGAGUUUGUGAAAGGCAUCAGCAGAAGCGGUGGCGAAAAUAACCGGACAAAGAAACGGGCAGCCAUCCUCGUGUGUGGACCUCACAGCAUGUCAGAGGUAGUGCGUGCCGAGGCUGCGAACAUGCAGCUCGAUCUUCUCAAAGGCAGGUUGGACCAAAUAUCGGAACUCAAGGUUUUGUCGGAACACUUUGGCUGGUAGUCUCCGUAUUGUAAAAGUGAUGUGAUUCCCUAAGGGUGAUUGAGAAAUUUGCAGAAGUUUUGUCGACGCCCAGCGUAGGGGGGGCGUUCAACCCCGUUCCCACCCUUCGAGGACCCGGAAGAGCGCACUUGGUGACCCUUCCCACUAUCGCAU